AUGGCUAAAGGAGGCGGCCGUCACGCCAUUUCCCAGAGUAAGGAGGACUCUAGCGCAGAGAACCUCCACGUGCACUACUGCUUAUGCGGCGAGUUCCUCCUCGUCCUCGACGCCCCUCUCGCCGCCCUCGCCCGCCGACCCGCCGACGGCGCCCUCGUCCUGCCCAACUCUGGGCCCGCCCAGCGCGUGUACAAGCUCAACGCGUCCGAGGUCGGCAAGGACCUCGUCAAGCCCGACACCAAGGCCAAGAAGGGCGAGGCCGACGCCGUCGGCGGCGCGGCCCAGGUCGGCGCGGCGGGCAAGGAGGGCAACGGCGUCUUGGUCAACCGCGAGGGCGGGUUCGAGUUCCAGCGGAGGCUCUUUUGCCCACGGUGUCAGCUCCAGGUGGGGUACGAGACGCGCCCAGGCGAGGGCCAGCGCGGUCCAGCGACCUUUAUCCUUCCAGGCGCCCUCUCGACCGUGCAGAACCAGGCGCCGGCAGACGCGUUCGGCCCGCCAGCUGUCACCGAGGCGGGAGAUGUGUCUGGAGGUGCAGAGCAGGCGGCCAGGGAGGGAGCCGAGGCGGGCGGAGCGGCGGUCGCGGCAUGA